GAAACGAAAUUUUGAUCCUUGGCUAUAUGUACACCGAGUUAAUUGAUUGUUGUUUGGGUUACUGCAUGAGGAGAGGCCUUUCGUUUCUUGGUGGGUUUGGAUUUUCAAAUGACUGACUUUACAUGAUAAGGACAUGCAAUUUUGACUUGGCACGCUAAUUUUUUUUGUAUUCAUUUGAUUCAUGCUUGUCUCAAAUGCCUUUUAUUGGUGUCCAUUGCAGAAUGGCAGUGCUGCUCCUGGAUCAAAGUUGCGCAUUCCUAAAAUGGUUGCUGAUACCUUAGGUUUUGGCCAGAAACAUGAUGCUACAGUGGAUAUACCAUUGGAUACGAUGAAUGAUCCUAAGAAAAAGGAGAAAGAACUUGCAGCUUGGGAUGCAGAUCUUAAAAGGAGGGAACGGGAGAUUAAACGUAGAGAAGAUGCUGUUGCCAGCGCUGGCGUCCCAUCAGAUGAUAAAAACUGGCCACCCGUUUUUCCUAUUAUUCAUCAUGAUAUAGCAAAUGAAAUACCACCCAACGCUCAGAGGUUGCAGUAUUUGGCUUUUGCAAGCUGGUUAGGUAUAGUUCUUUGCCUUACGUUUAAUUUUAUCGCGGUGACUGUUUGUUGGAUAAGGGGUGGUGGUGUCAAAAUCUUUUUUCUAGCCACAAUAUAUGCGCUAAUUGGAUGCCCCCUUUCAUAUGUUUUGUGGUACAGGCCACUUUAUCGUGCAAUGAGGACUGACAGUGCCUUGAAGUUUGGUUGGUUUUUCAUGGUCUACUUGCUUCACAUUGGUUUUUGCAUAUUUGCUGCUAUUGCCCCUCCAAUCGUCUUUCAUGGAAAGUCAUUAACUGGCAUCCUUGCAGCAAUUGAUGUCUUUUCUGACCAUGUUUUGGUGGGGAUUUUCUACCUGGUUGGGUUUGCCUUGUUUUGCUUGGAAGCACUUCUCAGCUUGUGGGUGCUUCAGAAAAUUUAUAUGUAUUUCCGAGGGCACGAGUGA